UGAACCGACCGCUAGCGACCGAUCACGUAUGUGACAUGGCGUCCGGGUAGAAAGAAAGUUGACUGUUAAAUAAGCGUUAAUGUUGUUUUUAUGACAUUGACCGACCGAAAAGGGAACCUGCGAGUCCGCGAAUUUCCCCUAGACACCGGCAUUGAUGGUAAUGCAUGCAAGGAAACCACAAAGGAUCAGCGAUGGGUAGGGGACCACCAUCAAAUACCCGAUCCUGACACAACCAACCUCACUCACACCUCACCUCUCAUCUCGUCGUCCGUCCGUCCGACCUACUCGACAUCAUCACCACCGCCAUUCGCAAGGGAUUUUCCCCGGUACUUCGAAAAGCACCAGGCCCAUCCCUAUCAGAACGCUAAAUACGGCAGUUCUAAGGGUGGCUAUUCAUCGUCGACCACGUCGUCGGACAGUCGUUACGAGGGGCGAAUGCGUGAUUCCCCAAAUGGAAACUCAUACAGUCCAGCGGGAGGCAUGGGAAUGGGUAUGGGGGCAGAUCGAGACAGUCCCCGUAGCUAUGCAGCCAAGCCCCUUUACAAGAAGGAGAGAGAAAACAGAGACUAUAAGUUAUCCUCCUCUAGGGACAAGUAUUCCGAUUGUGCACGAUCCCCAAAAGACAAGAGAAGCCGUGAGAGCAGGGAUUCAGAGCAUAGGACCAACCAUGAUAGGAGCGGUGGAGAGAUCUUACACCCAAUAAAAUUGUCAUCAAACUCAUCAAGAGAUUCUUCAUCUCAAAGGAAACCAGCACACAAUUCCUGUCAGGACAAACGUGGCGAUGAACGAGGAGGUGCGAUGGAACGUACUGCCAGGUUUGGCGACUGGUCAGAGCACAUGAGCUCCUCGGGAAAGAAGUAUUAUUACAACUGCAAAACAGAGGUAUCCCAGUGGGAAAAACCUCGGGAAUGGAUCGUCCGAGCAGACAGUCGACAACGCCAGUCCAAUGACUAUUCUUCUAGGUCAAGUCAUGAUAAACAUUCCAACUCGCGUUCGAAUAGCAGUAGCGGCGCGCGAGACGGCAAAUCCUCGCGGCAGUCCGACAAAAGAGAAUAUUGGCCGUCCUGUGGCGGAAGCAGUGGUGCCAGUGGUAGAGACGAGGUCUCCUCACGAGAACGUGAGAGAGAGAAGGAACGAGAGCGAGAACGCGAGAGGGAAAGAGAGUCCUGUAGGGAAGAGGUGGGAGUAGAACGUCAAGCACAGGAUAUGGACAUUUCACCAGGUGAUUCCACACCUACCUCAGAAACACUGACAUCCAGCGCUCAUGAUCCACUACCGCAAGGACCCGUACUCCUGGCCACCGCAUUACCUCGACUGACGUCUCACCCGCCGUCUACGCCGCAGACACCCGGUAAGCUGAGCUCACCUACGCAGCAGCAAGGGAACGGUAACGCGCCAGGACCACCAGUCUCUUUGGCAAGCCUACCAAGACUUCUUUCCCAAAUCACUGGCAACAAGGAACAGCCGGACAUCACGCCACAGAAAGCAUUACAGACUAUACAAACUGCCAUCUUACUAUCGCGACAACAGUCAGGUAGCGGAGAUCGAGGCAGCAGUGGAAACGACGUGAUGGCUCCACUCAAAGUGGACACCAGUGGCAAUAUUGCCGGUGAGGGACCACCUACUCCCACGCACUCAGAAACCCAAGAUUGCGUCGACGCACGAAAACUGACAAGCCCUGCAGGAGCGAAUUCCGGCGUGCAAGCACUCAGCUCGUUACAAGGAUUGAGUAACCUGGGUUCCUUGGGAGGAUUGGGAAACGGAGGAGGACUUCAGGCACUAUCAAGAGUACAACCACCUCUAACCCCAUCUCUAACACCUUCACUCGCCAAUCACUACCGGGAAGACCUGACCCAGCACGUACGGGCCUUCCCCGCGGAUAUCCUUGAGAAACAGGCGCAAAAGCUUAGCGAGGAAGCACAUACGAUGGGCAGUUUACAGUGUACGCGAGUAUCCGCGGAAUUGAAAACUGCGCGGUCGAUAGUGAGGCUGACAGAGAUUCAGGCGACGCUACAGGAACAAAGGAUAUUAUUCCUCCGUCAACAAAUUCAGACGUUGGAGGAAUUGAAAUCCCAAAAUUCCUUCAUGUCUGACGAUUCUUAGUGUAAGGGACUUUAUAAAAAAUAAUAAUAAUAAUUACAACCUAUAAUUAAUUCAUGCAAAAAAAUAAAACAUAAUUAUUAAUAUUCUCAUUAAUAUUGAAUAAUUAAGAUUGUACCUAAAUUAUAAUAUCAUCAUAGAAAUGAUAUGAUAGCGAACGAUAAUGGUUGGGCUGCCCAGAGUGGAUGGGCUGCUUCGAUUGUCAGCCCACAAGUCUUAUUAUUAAUAAUUAUUAAUUAGUAAAUGCACCUCUCUGGGUAGUACGCAAGGCCUAUCCGAUAAACAUAAAACACUACACCACACACAAAAACACAAACACACACUUAUACUUCUGAUACACGUACACAAUCAUACAUUUAUUUCUAUGUUACAAACGUACACACAAUCACCCUAUCAGUCAUUGAACACAAAAACACAAAUUGAAUAGGAAAUGAAUUGACUCUAUCAGUUCAAUUCAAACUGUACUGAAUUGUAUAUCUGAAUUGUCCACAUUGUCUUGUAUUACCUAUGUUGUACGUGUCAAUGUUUCAUAUCCCAAGAAUAAGCGGCAUUUUAACUAGUUGGAUCCGUUUUGUUGUAAAUCUCGGAAUAAAAUUCGUGCCACAAGUUUUUAA